CUUCAGUCAUCUGUGUUGGGGUGAUUACGUGUAGCUAAGCUCACAAAGUAGCAGCAGCUAGCCUUUCAGACGAGGCAGUGCUCAUCGAGUUUGUAACGACUGCCACACCGGUAGCUGUACAGAGGAAAGGCGAAUAUACAUUUAUUGACCAUCUGAAAACGCCACGGGCUGAUAUUUUGUCCAAGCUAAUAUGAUGUAGUAGAAUGCCAUCAACAGUACAGACUUUUCUUGAGCAGUACUGCAUAAGGACGCAGCUCUGUUUCAGCCUUCAGAACACAAAGUCGUAAGCUCCAUGCAUCGUGUGAAGCUACUUGCACUCCAGAAUCUGCAAACUGCAUUCAGAAAGAGACGCUAAAAGGAUAACUAUGUUUGCCAAGCUGAAGAAGAAGAUUGCAGAAGAGGCGGCCACAGCACCUCGGAGUGGCGUUCGUAUACCACGCACCAUUAGCAAGGAAUCCAUCACCUCAGUGGGGGCGGACUCGGGGGAUGACUUUGCAUCUGAUGGCAGCAGCUCCAGGGACGACCUGCCUGCUCAGCUGCUCAGAAGGAAUGAUCAGAUUCGGAAGCUGGAGGCCAAGCUGUCAGACUACGCUGAGCAGCUACGAAUUAUGCAGAAGACCAAGGACAAGCUUGAAAUUGCAUUAGAAAAACAUCAGGAUUCAUCUAUAAAGAAACUUAAAGACCAGAAUGAGUCUCAUCAGGCCAGCAGAACCAAAAUGGCAGAGGGGAUGGCUUUCGCACUGGAAAAGAAGGAUCAGGAAUGGAUGGACAAGAUAGCCGUUGUAGAAAAGGAAAAGGCUGCCCUGUCAGCCCGGCUAGACGAGAUGAUGGAGCAAAGCUUAGCACUCUUCCAGAAGAGGGACGACCUGGAUGAACUGGACGGCUUUCAGCAGCAGGAACUUGCUAAAGUUAAACACAUGUUGCUGAAGAAGGAAGAGCAGCUUGCCCAGCGGGAGCAGGAGCUUCAGCACAAGGAGGCUGAAGUUCAGUCUGCAAAGCGAGGGCUGUCUGAGACUCGUGCAAAACUCAAGGCCCUGGAACAGCAUCAUGAUGAGAGCUGCAGACUCAACUCUGAGCUUGAAAUAGAGCGAGAGGAACUGCUGUUGCUCAGGGAGGAGGCAGAAAAGAAGAUUACUGAACUGGAUGGACAAUGCCAAGAGCUGCAGUCAGUCAUCCAACAAGUCUCUGAAGACUUCCAGAAAUCACAGAGUAUGGUGUCAACUUUAGAGAAGUCCCUCCAGGAAUUGCAGACUGAACAUGACGCCCUGAAGCUGCAACAACAAAAGGCUGCUGUAACAGAGGAGGACAAGGUACGCUUAUUAAUGGACCUUCAGAAGAAAGUGAUGUCUCUGGAGAGACGGCUGCAGGGGAACCUGAGCCAGGAUGAGCAUCUACAGGAGCUUCUCCAGGAGAAGUCCAGCCUGGAGCAAAGUCUGGAAGAGACGAGAGCGGAGCUGCUGGCGGUUCGCACAAACCAUGCUGAUACUGUCAGCUCUCUGGAGACGCAGGUAUCCAGAAUGAACGGCAGCAUUACUGAACUGCAGACCCUUCUCCGACACAAAGACGACUCCUCCAGAGCCUACAGAGAGAGAACGGACGCACAAAUAGCUAACCUGGAGCAGCAGGUCCUAGACAGUAGUGAGAGACUGAAAAAUGCAGAGCAGCAGAUCACAGAAAAACAGCAGCACGUGGAUAAACUGCAAGAAGAGUGGAGUGCAGAGAAGGCAUUUUGGGAUGAGCAGGUGUGUUUGUUGGAGCAGCAGAGUCAGGAGAAGGCCAGCCGGCUGGAGGAAAGCAUCACGUCACUACAGGCAGAAAGAGACAUGCUGCAGGACAGGCUGGCUCAUCUGGACAGUCAGAAGGCUGAGGCAGACUCCAUUGUGAGGCAGCGGGCGGAAGAGCUGCAGCAGUACAAGGAAGAGUUGAACAGCAGGCAGAAAGAGAGCAUGGAAAUGGCCGAAGCUAUAGAAGAAAGCAGACAACAGAAAGAAGAGCUGCAAACACAGGUUGGAAAGCUGACCUCAUCUCUCCAGAGCACACAGCAGGAACUGUCAGCAGUCACUGAGAAGUUAGCGCUGAGAGAGGAAGACAUCAGAACACUCCAGAAUGAGGUACAGCAUCGGCAAGCAUCGCUGGUCCAGCUGCAGGAGGAGGUGGCGCAGCAGCGAGCCCAGCUGGAGCAGAUGGAGCUGGACAAAGACUCCCAGCUGAUUAGACUGAGGGAGGAGCUGCUCAGCCAGACACAGCAGCUAGACGGCUGCCAGGCUCGGAUCUCAUACCUGGAGGUGGAGGUGGAAACCCUGAGCGAACAGCUUCACAGCCCUGAAGUAUGUGAAGAGGAUCAGAAUGGAAGUGUGACCGUAAACGAUCUGGAUCACAUUCAGAAGAUCAACAGAGAGCUGGAGCAGCAGCUCAGUGACAAGAACAGGACCAUCAAGCAGCUGCAACAGAGACUGGCAGAACUGAAGAGGACACUGCAGAAGGAACUGAAACUUAAGCCUGAGCCAGAAGCUGAAGGGAAGGAGAAGUUGCCAGAAUGCAAAGCAGAAAAACAAGAGAGGGUUUGUCCAGACCCACCACCAGCAUCCACCCCGAGCCCCCCAACCUCCAACACCAUGGUGACCAACACCUCAGACCUCAAUGACUCACGAGAGAUCAACUUUGAGUACCUCAAGCACGUUGUCCUCAAGUUUAUGUCAUCCAGAGAGGCUGAGGCAUUCCAGCUAAUACGAGCCGUAUCCGUGCUUCUGAACUUCACUCGUGAGGAAGAGGACAUGUUGAAACAGACUCUGGAGUACAAGAUGUCCUGGUUUGGAUCCAAGCCUUCUCCAAAAGGUAUCAUCCGGCCUUCGGUCUCAGGCGCUUCGACUCACUGGAGCUGAUAAGCAGCAGCGAGAGCUGAAGGGAAGAUGUCCUUCCUCUGUGGCUCCCAUCACUGAGCAGGACUUCAGCUUUAGGCUUUGAAUGGCCUUCCUCUGAAUGGAUUCCUCUGGAUCUGUUUGGAAAGGGCUCUUUGGGAGUGGAGAGGGACUGCAGAGUAGAUUUGCAGGAUAAAGACCAUUUCAUAAUCAGCUGUUGAUUUUAAAGUGGCAUUACUUUGUUUUCAGCGGUGAAGGCAGAUGGACUGAUGGGUAGAGAUGGAGGGCAGAUCAACGGAAUCUUUCACACUGUAGUUUUAAGGGUCUCAAGUCUUAUUUUUCUUCCCUGACGUAUGACAUAGAGCUGAUAUUUUUUAGUCUAUGGAAACAGCAAAAGGUGAGAUAGCAUGGAUCAGUAUAAUAACAAUAAGACAAAAGAUCAGAAGGAAAUAACUUGACGUGAUUUGUUGAAGCACAGCGCGGUGGGACUUGUUCUGACUGUCUACAGUGGACAGCAGUGGUCCAGCCUUUGCUUGCUGCCUUGUAUCCUGUCAUUUUGUUCGCUUUCAUUUUUUUCACAGAGGUCUUCUUAAUGAAAAUGUGUCAUUUAAAGACCUGUACUGGAUACUGAAACAAAUGUGCUUUCAGUUUCAGUGACAGUUUAUUUCUUCGUGCUAGCCAAAUUGACAUAGAUGGCUCACAUUUGCAAUGCCCUUUUUCUAAAAUUGCCAUAAAAAACAUUUUAUUUACUGGAAUAGGACUAAAUUUGUGUCCUUCGUUAUCUUUCAGAAUAUUCAUGCUGGCAGUGAAAGAAAUGUUUCUAUGAUUUCCAGGGGUGGAAUUCAGGCUGUGGCUCCUGUCCAGUUACAUAAAAACAUAUAAAAAACAUUUUUUGAUAGAUAAAUCUGGUUCAUAUUUUGAGACCAAGAUAUCUACUCAAGUGCUUUCUGGUGGGCAAACUAUGUAAUGGUGACAUCAUUGUGUUCUAAAAAAAAAAAAAAAAAACCUCAAAACAUACUGUAUCUUUGGCAUUUCUCUACAGCAGUUUCUCAUUGCCCAUUGGCCGAUAUAUACCUGCAUACUGAUGAUGACAGCUGUGCUGGAGUUCCACAGCUCGGUUAAAUGGAUAUCGAAACUGCUUGGCCAUGACUGUUAUUAUUACCAUGAGUUCAGCCUCCCAGCAAACCUUGCUCCCAAAUCCUCCAUCACCUGGACUGGCAGACCAAUCUGACCACAUCUCUGACCUAAACUACCUAUUAGCUGAAACAUUUGACUAAUAGAGCUGAAGGAUGCCUUGGAAGCUCUGGUCAAGGUUAGAAAAAGUCUUUUCUCAAUUAGUACAGAACAGAAAUGGCUGCCACAGCUGAUACAAUCUGAACACACAGACUGUUUAAGUCCUUCAGUGUCAACAUAAACCAUUUUGGUUACAGUUGUCCAUCUGGAUAAUAACAAUGUGAUAAGUGAAUGCUGUAUAAAAGAUGACUGGAGGACAUACUCUACCUUUCCUGCCUUUGCUAAUGUAAAUGAAAGUACAUUCCACAUGUCUAUUUAUAUGUAGAAAUAUGUACAUACUGUAUGCAUUGAGAACUUUAUAAAUCAGUGGAUGUAAAUGUUUUUGAUGUAA